UUCUGUGGUGAUGAUGUUUGGGGUCUCAAUUGAACUUUGUGCCUCACACCCGAUUCCCUGUCGCGCUCCACCAAAGUUGCGCUCGCAUAUGACCUGCGCCCACUGAAAUCCGACGACUCCCAGAUAUACAUUCAAGACAACACGCGUUGAUCAAGACGGCUCAACCGCAAGACCUCCCAUUCUUUCUUCCGACAACAUGUCGCAGCCAGCUGGCUUGUUCAGCGUGCGCCGCCCGCGCGAAACAUUGGGCAACAUCCAGAACUUCUCAGGAAUACCACAACCAGCUUCCGCGGUCAAGCGCGUAUCGUCCGGCCAUGAACUACGAACCGCACCGUACACUGCCUCGCAUGUCCGAUCGACGUCAAUAAACCAGAGCGUACAGCGACCGGCGCAACCCAACUUCCACCGUUCCUCUUCAGGUGGUAAUUUGGCCGAUGGAGGAAUGUCGACGGUCAGGCGAUCAGCCUCAAGUAACAUGUUUGGAAGCGCAAAUCCAGGCCGACAAAGCCUCGCACCAAACCAAUUAUUCGGAUCUCAAACACCGGGAACUCAGAGUCUACAGCGACGAAGCAGUAUAUUCUCUCGGCCAUCAGGUCAAGGUCCAACCACGCAUCAGUCCUUCUUCUCACAACCUCCCGCCCCUGCGGGCGCGCCCAAAGAUCCUCGACCGCUGAGAGACUCGUCGUAUAGAGCGCGACUGAGUCAGGAAAUCCUAGACUAUUUGACGCAAAACAAUUUCGAAAUGGAAAUGAAACAUUCCUUGACCCAGAACUCGGUCAAGUCACCUACACAAAAGGAUUUCACCUUCAUGUUUCAAUGGCUGUACCGUCGCAUUGAUCCGGGCUACAAGUUCCAGAAGAGCAUUGAUACCGAGGUACCACCGAUCAUGAAGCAAUUGAGAUACCCGUAUGAGAGAGAUAUCACAAAAUCACACCUGGUUGCGGUUGGAGGACAAAACUGGCCACGAUUUCUUGGACUGCUGCACUGGAUGAUGCAGCUUGCACAGAUGUUGGACAAUUUCACGCGAGGAGCCUACGACGAUGCAUGUGCCGAAGCUGGGGUUGAUGUUGCGAGUGAUCGGAUCGUGGCUCGAUUUCUCUUCGGCGCAUACCAAGACUGGCUGCAGAUGGGCCCGGAGGACGAUGAAGAGAGCGAAGCGGCAGCCUUGCAGCCCCAUAUUCAGGCGAUGACAGACGAAUUCGAAAGAAUCAACGCAAGACACGUAGAAGAAUUGAAGAUCUACGAAGCCGAGCAUGAAGCUCUCCAGACACAACUAGACGAAAUGGAGCGCAAUGCCCCAGACAUUGCCAAACUGGACAAUCAUUUCAAGAUUCUGGGAGACGACAAGAAGAAGUUUGAAGAGUACAAUGCCAACGUGCAGGCCAAGAUCGAAAAGUACGACGCCAGAAUCAAGAUCCUGGAAGCGGAAAUCCAAAGAACAGACGCAGACCUGCAAGUCGUGGAGCAGGAACGACAGAGCCUCCAGCAAUCCGUCGACCGACAGGGCUUGAACAUCCAGGACAUAGACCGCAUGAACACCGAGCGCGAACGACUGACCAAGAGCCACGGAGAUGCAUUGGUCGCGCUAGACGAAGUCAACAAGAAAGUUCUCGAGAAGGAAGCCGAGACAGCGCGCAAACUCGAAGACCUUGAAGUCAUCGUCAAACGGUACAACUCCCUGGGCUAUCAAAUGUCACUCAUCCCCAGCACAGCAGUCAACGCCAAGGGCGCGGAUUACGAAUUAUCCCUCAACACAUCCUCCGACAACUUCUCAGCAUCAAUAUCUCGACGACGGGGCUCUCCCGAAUCCGACCGUCUUCUCGCUGAUUCUAACGUCGGCUACUCUCCAAUCCACCUUCUCAAUCUGGAUCUCCGAGGCGCCGUACGCAACGCAUUCAUGUCGCUCCGCAAAGAAAUCAACGAGCGCAGAAAAGCCGCAGCCGACGCAGACUUGAACGCCCGCGAUUUUCUGGACAAUAUAUCCGAGGCCCUGCACGAGAAGAACACGGAGAUCGAUAACUUGAAUUACCGCGUCAAUGAGGCCAGUAGAUUAUACGCCAGCCUGAAAGAAAGUAAUAACACCGCGCACACGCAGCAGACUAGUGCUAUUGAGAAACUUGAAAAGGAACUGGCUAGGAUGAGGGAGGGUCUGGAAAGGGGUGUGGUUGAGCUGGAGCAACGGGAGAUGGAGAGUCAAGUUGCGUGGGAGAGUAUGCGUGAGGAGGCGAGUCGUGUGAGGGAGGAAUUACAUUCCGGGAUUGAGAAAUGUCUUGAGGAUGUUAUUAGGUUCAAGGUGCAUGUUCAGAAGGGCCUUGAGGAGUUUGAGGGUUGGGUCACGGAGGAGGUUGAGGUGGAGCUUUUAGGGGAUGAGUUUGGCGAUAUGGGUUUGGAUGACGAUGGUGAUGGCGAUGUUAGGGGAGAGGAAUGAGAUGGCGAUUGGUAUAAUUGUGUUAAUAUGAUGAGUGAUGACUUUACUUUUGGGUCUGUAUGGGCGUUGGAUGAUCGUGUUGGAUACCCCCUCAAGGCAGGAGGUUAGGUAGUCUGUCUGGGACGAAACGGGAUACCAUGCUCGAUGUAUGUUGACCGUCGAGAGCAUCAUUCUAGGCUUCUGUUCCCUGUUCAGCAGAGUUGGCACAGCCAGUGCACCUGCUAUAUGUGGUGACCGAAAUAUCUUUUCUUCA